GUCGUUUCCUGCGUGUGACCGACCUCACGUCCUCAACGAGAAGCAGUGCUACUGAAGAGACCUCUGUCCUCUGCUGUUUCUAGUAAAUUUCAGAGCCGUAAUCAUGGUUUUCGAGAGGAAGAUGCUCACAUACGGAGACCCCGACGACGAGGAGGAAGAUGCGCCUGCUGAGGAAGAGGAAGAAGAAGAGGAGGAAGAAGAGGAAGAUAUGGUGGACCCUAUAGAUGUAAUACGAACAAAGUGUGAGCAGACUGAACACUGUGUGCACACGAGGGAGCGUCUGGAGACUUGUGAAGCCCGGGUCAGCUCCAGAUCCAACACUUUGGAGGACUGCACAGAAGAACUCUUUGACUUCCUGCAUGCACGGGACCAUUGUGUAUCACACAAGCUGUUCCACAACGUGAAAUGACCUGCCUGUCCAACCACUUGCAGCUGUAGAUUCUAUUUAACUGCUAAAACUGUAAAAUAAUCAGGACAGUUUUGUUGUUGCCCUCCUGUGUAUUAAUGUAAAUGAAUUUAUGGACUAAAUACACGCUGCUCUCUAUACAGUGCAUACUUGUGUUUAGACAGGAUCAGAAGCAGUGUGUGUAAUGAGUCAGUGGUUGUAUAGGUAAUAAUGGGUGCCUCCAGGUUGUUAAGGUUGUGCAAAAAAAUGACUAUUCUUCACAAUGCGGUCAGUUCAUAUGCAAAAUCAAGUAUACUGCUCUUAUAAGGGAGAAUUUACCUCAGGUUCAAUCAUGAAUUCAUUGUCCUCACCGGAAAAUAAAGCUUCUUUUGUUUCCAUU